AUGAGUAGUAGUACUACAGACACACCACCAACUUCAACGACUUCUACAACUUCUACUACAGAGAUGAAAAAGGAUGUGACAAUGUUGGAUGACGAUCAGCAGCAGCAGCAGCAGCAGCAGCAGACAAGUACAACUACGACUACUGCCAAUAAUAUGGUCAACGAAGCAGACUUUAGAAUAUCGAUUUCAAUCCCACCUGACAAUCCUCCUAUUUGCUCAACCAAGUUUGCGCAAGCAUUACAUCAUAUUAGACAACAAGAGUUCUUUCAACAACAACAAAAGAUACAACAGCAGCAACAACAACAGCAACAACAACAACAAAAUGAACAACAACAACAACAACAACAACAACAACAACAACAUAUGGGACCACCUCCAAUGGUAGAAUUUGCAGACCACAUGAAUUUGGCACGUAUAGAGUUGGAGCAAAUCUUAAAUUUGAUCGAUUUCAAAGGCAACAAGGACGUGGCAGUGUGCAAUGUCGACAAGCCUCCCAUAUCGAUGAAUCGUGAGUUGUCAGACACAAUGAUCAAAAUCAGUUCAAAGCAACAGAGUCUAUCGACCAUGGGAGACAAACUGAUUCAAGGAGCUGCUCGAAUGAAAUCAACCAUCAAUACAGUGUCGUCGUGGUGGAACGAUGUUUCCAUACUGCGAUCGAAAUGGAGACUCAAGGGAAAAGAUACCAUCUCCCCAUUCACAUCCAACAAUAGCAACAAUCCUUCAACAUCGGUGGCAUCGGCAAUUGCAUCCAACAAAAAGCUAUCAUUGGACUAUGGAUUCUACACUGCAGGAUCGUUUAUCGAACAAACAGAGGCAUCAUUAUCAAGAGGUGCAAAAGGUGAAAUAGUAAUCGAAUUUCCUCAUCUACCCUAUCAAUCAUCAAUCGAUAAAAAACUCUAUGUAAAUGUUAAAUCCAGAGAACAAAAUAAUAUUUUUAAUAAUAAUAAUUCUUCAAAUAAUUUUGAUAGACAAACUUUAAUACCAAAAUAUAAAAUUAAUUUAGAUGAGCAAAGUAAAUGGGAUAAAGCAACUUUGGAUGAAUUUCGGAAACUUUCUUUUUUUAAAUGUACAAAAUUAUUAAACAAGGCUCAAAAAUAUCAAUUUAAUAAUGAAUUGUUUGAAAAUUUGUGUAGAGAAUUAUCACAAUCAGAAAAUAAGAAUGAAAAUAUAAUACAAACAGAAAAAGAAUUAAGAAUAGAAUGUGGAAACUUGAAUUUAUUUAUUGGAAUGGAUACUGUUAAAAAAUCAAAAACUCCUUCUCCUACACCUCCUCUUCAACCACAACAACAACAACCGCAACAACAGAUUGUUCAAUUUAAUAAUCAACAACAACAACAACAAGAAAUUGGUAAACAAAAAAUUGAUAGAUUAUUAUUUGUAUUAAAAUUGGUACUAUGUCACCACCGUUCAUCGCAUACCGAUGAAAUUCUUGCACACAUCCAAAUCACAAAUCAUCUCGAUAAAUAUUUAAUUGAUAAACUACCUCAACAACAAUUCAUUGAUAUGGAAUUUAUUUUAAAUAUUGAUAAUAUUAAUAAUAAUGAAACUAUAACAACUACAACAACAACAACAACAAAUACAACUAAUAAUAAUAAUAAUAAUCAAAAUGGCACACAUAAAGAGGAUUUUUCAAUUAUAAAAGAAGGUCAUCAAAAUGAUCAUGAUAAUAAUAAUAAUAAUGGUAGCCAUACUAAACAACCAAAACAACAACAACAUGAGAAUGGGUAUCAUCAAUUAAAAAAGAAAAAGAAUAUUUAUGAAAAGUCAAACAAUAAUAAUAAUAAUAAUAGUAAUAUUACAAAAAUGAAUGGUAAAAAGAUUAUAGAAUUGGAAGAUGAGGAAUAUCAAGAUGGAGAAGAGGAUAUAAAUAAUAUGGAUAACCAUAACGAUAAUAAUAAUAAUAAUUUUAAAAAAUUAAAUAUCUUAAAGACGACAGAAACAGGAAAAGGAAACAAAGUGAAUCAACGAUAUCGCCAAGUAAAGAAAUUUAAAAUAUAA